UUCCUCAUCUCUGUGUAGCCAUCUUCGCCUCGUUGAACCAUGAAUACCAAGGGCAUCGAUUUCGAUACAGACAAAGUUCUGGCGAGGGAGUUCCUUUCCAACUUCGCAGAUGCCAAUGGCGAAGCCAGAUACAUGAACAUCCUGCAAGACGUUGCAAACCACAAAACUCGAGCAAUCCAGAUCGAUCUUCAGGACUUUGUUAAUUAUAAAGAUCUAGACAAAGAAUUUCUGAGGCGUGUGACUGAGAAUACUCGAAGGUAUAUUGGGAUUUUCGCUGAUGCAAUCGACGAUCUCAUGCCGGAGCCCACCGAGGCCUUCACCGAUGAUGACCACGACAUAUUGAUGACUCAGAGAUCUGACGAAGGACCAGAAGGUGCUGAUGAGUCUGACCCGCUUCAGAAGAUGCCUCCUGAAAUCAAGCGCUACUAUGAAGUUUAUAUUAGAGCAUCUUCAAAAGGGAGACCAUUUACAAUUAGGGAGGUGAAGGCUUCGUACAUUGGUCAGCUUGUAAGGAUAUCUGGUAUAGUUACGCGUUGCUCGGAUGUCAAACCAUUGAUGCAGGUGGCUGUAUACACAUGUGAGGAUUGUGGUUUUGAAAUUUACCAGGAAGUAACAGCUCGAGUCUUUAUGCCUUUGUUUGAGUGUCCAUCGAGGCGCUGUAGCACGAAUAGAAGUAAGGGGAACGUCAUACUUCAACUGAGAGCAUCAAAGUUUUUGAGAUUUCAAGAGGCAAAAAUUCAAGAGUUAGCUGAACAUGUUCCAAAAGGCCAUAUUCCACGAACAAUGACUGUUCAUUUCAGGGGAGAACUCACAAGAAAGGUGGCUCCAGGUGAUGUGGUUGAAUUAUCUGGGAUUUUUCUUCCUAUACCUUACACUGGUUAUAGAGCAAUGCGUGCCGGCCUAGUUGCUGACACUUACUUAGAGGCCAUGUCUGUUACUCAUUUCAAGAAAAAAUAUGAAGAAUAUGAACUUAGAGGAGAUGAGGAAGAGCAGAUUGCACGUUUAGCAGAAGAUGGUGACAUCUAUAAUAAGUUGGCACGAUCACUGGCACCUGAAAUUUUUGGACAUGAAGAUAUUAAAAAGGCUCUGCUUCUUCUCCUUGUUGGUGCUCCCCAUCGGAAGUUGAAAGAUGGGAUGAAGAUUAGAGGAGAUUUACAUAUAUGUUUGAUGGGUGAUCCGGGAGUUGCCAAGAGUCAGCUUCUUAAACACAUAAUCAAUGUAGCACCAAGGGCGGUGUACACCACUGGUAGAGGAAGUAGUGGAGUUGGUCUAACUGCUGCUGUUCAGAAAGAUCCAGUAACAAAUGAGAUGGUUCUAGAAGGUGGAGCACUGGUGCUGGCAGAUAUGGGCAUAUGCGCCAUUGAUGAAUUUGACAAGAUGGAUGAAUCGGAUCGUACAGCCAUACAUGAAGUUAUGGAACAGCAGACUGUUAGCAUUGCCAAGGCUGGGAUCACUACAUCGCUGAAUGCAAGGACUGCUGUCCUUGCUGCAGCUAAUCCAGCAUGGGGAAGAUAUGAUCUACGAAGAACUCCCGCUGAAAAUAUUAAUCUUCCACCUGCCCUCCUAUCAAGGUUUGAUCUGCUGUGGUUAAUUCUUGAUCGAGCUGAUAUGGAUAAUGAUCUUGAACUGGCUAGGCAUGUUGUCUAUGUCCACCAAAAUAAAGAGUCUCCCGCUCUAGGAUUCACUCCUCUUGAACCUUCUGUUCUCCGUGCAUAUAUAUCAUCCGCAAGAAGAUGGUCUCCUAGUGUUCCAAGGGAACUGGAAGAGUAUAUUGCUAGUGCAUACUCCGGCAUUCGUCAAGAAGAAGCAAAUUCUAAAAUUCCGCAUUCCUAUACGACUGUCAGAACACUGCUCAGUAUUCUCCGCAUAUCAGCUGCGCUAGCAAGGCUCCGUUUUUCCGGAACUGUUGCUCAGAGUGAUGUGGACGAAGCACUGAGAUUAAUGCAGAUGUCAAAAUUCUCCUUGUACUCUGAUGAGCGUCAAAGGUCUGGUCUGGAUCCCAUAUCUGAUAUUUAUUCCAUACUGCGAGAUGAAGCUGCUAGAAGUAACCGAAUGGAUGUCAGCUAUGCUCAUGCACUGAAUUGGAUAUCUAGGAAGGGGUGCAGCGAAGCCCAGUUGAAAGAGUGUUUAGAGGAGUAUGCAGCAUUAAAUGUAUGGCAGAUACAUCCCCACUCCUUCGAUAUACGAUUUAUUGAUGCUUGA